UUGUGUGGUAUGGUAUGUACCAAAUAUAAAAUUAUUCCUUGAUUGCGGCUGUAAACAGCAUACUUUUCUUUUUUAGGAGAUCUAUUUUCUUAUCAUGGUCCGGCUUUGCCUCUCCCUCAACCCUAGUGUUUCCAGUUGUUCUCCUUCUUCCCUUGUGUUUCCUGUAUGUCCCCUGUUGGUUUCUGUCUGCAUCAGUGUGUGUGUGUGUUUGUGUGUGUUUGUGUGAUCUGGUCUAGGCGUGGCCUUCAUUCCCUCUCCUACACACCUGCAACCAACUACCAAUCAAGCCUUGUAGCCAAGGUUGGGCAGGCAGUCUUGAGUUGAUACAGAGUCUAUGCAGGCAGGCGAGCAGGUUCGGCAGGCAGGUUAUCAGCAAACAAAUACACAUAAGAAUGUAAGUCCAAGGCAGACAGACUGGCAGGCAGGGGAGGCAAGUUCGUAGGCAGACGGUACACAAAUCUGCAUACUGAAUGUGAGGAACAGAGGGUCACACCUCAAACCAGACAGACAAUCCCAGCACCCAGUAAGGAGUGCUGACAUUCCCAGCAUGCUGUUCUGCACGGCCGACUAUACAUUUACGGUAGGCAUAUUUUUAGUUAGGACAGCCCCUUAAACAUCUAAAAGCAGGUCAAUGACUCUUGGAGUGACAGUAUAUAGGAGCAGAGCUGCCUGCCUUCACACGGAUCACACAGAGGAUCACCAGUAUAAGGAGUUUGAAGAUGUCUAGUGAGAAGAACCCUGAGGUAGUUGGCUGCGACGCCUCUAUCAUGAGGAAUGUCUGGGAGAUCAGAGAGAGAGAGUAUGGACAAAAGAUGCAUCUGGAGCAGGAACGAAUAGAGAAGAGUGCUCUGCCCUCUAUUAACAAGGACUGGGAAAAUCGUCUAGCUGCCAGACUGGGUAACUACAAAAGGGUGGAGAGAAAAACUAAACCUGCUGAGAAUCAGACAGACAACGUCUGGAAGAGCAAGCGACCCCAGGUUCCUCCUAGUCAUCCUCAUGGUGCAGGUCAAGGUGUACACGGCAGACCAGGAGGCCACAGAAGAGGCUUCACCACUCCUGCCCCCAACUACAAGGACAAAAGGGGGCAGGACAAGAAUUUAAACAAGCUUCAGUUAUUCAUGUUCAUCACCCCGACUCAACCUUCUGCUAUGGUGUGGGGGAAGUCAUGGAAGUUCAACAAAUCCUUGCCAUUACCAGCAGAGGGCACUGCAGCUAGAUCAGACUGGGGCAAGUGCUGGAUGUUUGCUACCCAGCAGCCUUAUUCUGAAGAAGGAAAGCCUUGGUCAAACGGGCUCAACAUGAUAGAUUCUUACAGCCGUCAUCUCUGGAAGAAAUCUGAUUACAGGGUGGUGGAAUCACAAGAGCUAGACUUGAGUCUUCCCACUGAGGAGUGGCAGAUGUCCUGGAGAAAAUCUGAGAAAAACAAUAAGAAGGGGGAUACAUCUUCUGUAAAUGGAGAGAAUGUCCCCAAAUCUGGAUUCCUCACCUUGUUGGUGCAGACUCAGCACCACAAUGAAGCCUUGUGCUCAUCAGAGUGGAGUGAGUCAUGGAGAUCCACCAAGCCAGCAAGUCAGCAGGAUCAUUUUACAGUUCCAAAUGAUGGUCUAAUGAAUGAGUCUAUUGCUAACAAGCAGGAUAACGAUGGAGAGAUGAGCUCCAAGUGGGAAGAAUGUUGGAGGCUUGUCAACCACCAUGGCUGCAACAAAUCCAAGUUGCCUCAAGUUCAAAAAUCUCACAGUCCAGAGUGGGCCGAUUCAUGGAGAGCAGCCAUGGUGGUCUUCAACAACCACAAGAAUUCUGAUCCCUCUCUGAGGCAAGAUCACAGGGAUACCUAUGAUGAUUGCGGCCAGCAGAAAGAGUCACAUCUCCACAAAAUCAAGAAGUACAGAGAUCUGUACUUGCAGCUCUGCAAUGAAUUUAAGGCUCUCUCUGAGUGGAGCAAGUCAUGGCAGGUUACCAAAAACAACUCUAAAUCAUGUGAAGAAAUAGAGAAAGUCCUGAAGGUCUCGCCACCAAGGGUGGAGACUGCUUUGGAGGCUCAGAAGGUGGGGAAGAACCCAAAGUGGCAAUAUUCCACAUCAGAGAAAGCUGACUUAUGCUAUGAGCAGCUGAAACAUAAUGUGAUAUAUCGACCAAAGAGAGAAUUCACCCAAUCUAAGCUACUUCAUCUGAAACGCCUGGAAAAUGUCCUGUCUGCCUCAGAAUGGAGGGAUUCCUGGAAGACACUGAAACACAGAAUGAGGAUGGAGAGAAGAAUGAGGCCUGACCCUUUGAGGCCUUUCAGAGCAUCUGAGAAGGGAGGAGACAUGAAGCCUACUACCUCAGAGUGGAAAGACUCAUGGAAAUUCACCUGUCACCCUCUACCUCAGGAGCCUGAACUUUGGGAGCAGGGUUGGUCCAACACACCCCAAAUCCAAGAAGAUUGUGCGAGGGACCAGAACCACUUUGCACCUGUAGAACUCCCUAAGAAUGGGCCGACCGGGGAGCGGAGUUGGGGAGAAUCUUGGAGAUUAUUGAGGCCCCAGCACCAAUCAGAACCUGGGCAGGACAAGGCACAAACCAGCAAGGGAAGGUCAAGUGUGACUUCACACCAUCCUGACAAUUCACGGAUACACAGGAGGCACGCUAGGUCAGUUUCUGACUGGCAGGAAGUCUGGAUGGUCUCAGAAACUCAGUUCCGUCAUGACAUAUCCUCCUUAACCCAAUGGUGGGAAGCCUGGAAGUGCUUCGUCUUCCACACAGGGCACUGGACUGAGCAGGUGCCUAGAGAGAAAAAGGUGGAUGUGUUAAUGGAGAUCCAACCCCAGAAAGAGAAGAUUUCUUUGCUGACAGCCAAAGCUAAAAUGAGCUGGUCUUUUGACAACCAGAUGUUCAGGAAAAGAUAUCCUGAGAAACAGUGGAGCGCUUCAUGGAGAGCUGGGUCACUUCUGAAACAUCAACCAAGUCAUUAUGAAUCUUCAGGGAUACCUGGGAAAAGCAUGACCAGCACUACUCAGGAGCAACAUGCCACUGCUAAUGGGCAUGGAUCUAAGUGGGGAAGGUCGUUCAGGCUCGCCAACCCCAUGCCACAUGUGGAGCAACCCUGGGUGAAGUCCUCUGCUAACCCAUAUCACUAUACAGUCAUGUGGUCAAGAGGAAAGAAUAUACAAAAAAACAUCAACACCAACUUUAGCAACAACGCUGCAACCUUCAGGCUUUGGGGAAACUCCCAUCGGUUCCUGCAGGGGGCCAGUGCACAAAUCAAAGACAAAACUAAGUCUAAGGAAUCCGUUAACCCUAGGACGAUUAUCACAAAAAAGACCAAAACAAGGAGAAAUUUGUACUCCACCAUUGAGAAGGAGAAACAAUCAGAGAGGAAGUGGGCAGGAUGCCACCUGUUGGGUAAAACCCAACCACGUCCCAAGAAAGGCCCUCCUUCAGUAAAGAAGCUUAAGAUAGAGGAUGAAUACAAAGACAAGUUCUUUGAAGAGUGGGUAGAAUCUUGGAGGUUCUUUGUCCAGCCUGGUAGUCUGAAAAAGCAGAUGCCCAUCAAGUCGCUCUCAGGUUGGGAUGAGUCAUGGAAGUUCCUCCUUCCACCAUACCAGCCGAUGAACAGCCCCAAGACCAAAUAGAAGGCACGGCUCAGUCAACUUUUAGCUUAUUCAAAUCAGAUGGAUACAUAUUCUUCAGACUUCAAACAUCAGAUUACCUGAAGCAUUAACACUGGGCACAUACAUGUCAAUAAAUAAAAACUGAAUGCUUUA